AGUCUAUUGUUUUCUGGCUGAAAUAAAACGGGAGCCCCGCACGCAUGAUGCAGGCGCAAGAUUGGCAUUCUGAAUGUGAAGAUGUACGGUAUCGGUCGUUGAAGGCAGGCAGGAAGGACACCAAACUCGACGCUUGACGCUGGAAAGGUUCGCUGACGCCGACGCGUGAAAGGUCUGCGUGCAUUCGGUAAUAUCCAGCCUGAGGGUUAAUUAACAGUUGGGUAGUAGGGAGCUGUGCACGACUUAAUCGACUUCGCCCAGCACGCGGUAGCAAGUAUGGGUGUUGGGAUUAAGCAGUGCUGCCUCGCCGACCCUAGCUUGCUGAUCACCAAGGGCUUGAUUGGAGCAGAAUGGGUGGGCUCAGACGAUGGUUCCACGUUCCAGGUCGAGAAUCCAGCAACGCGAGAGGUAAUAGCGGAGCUUCCCAAAUUGGGUUCUUCGGAAACAGAACGGGCUAUUGUCGCUGCUGAGAAGGCUUUUUCAGUAUGGAAGAAGAAGACCGCUAAGGAGCGCUCCAGUAUCAUGAAGAGAUGGCUUGAUCUGGUAAAGGAAAAUGUGGAGGACUUGGCGAAGAUAAUCACUCUGGAGAAUGGGAAGCCUCUCGCUGAGGCAAUGGGUGAGAUGGCAUUCGCGACUGAUAUUAUAGAAUUCUAUGCUGAGGAGGCAAAGCGUAUUGAAGGUGAUGUCUCAUCAUCUAUUUUUGCAGAGAAGAAGAUUCUUGUCCUCAGACAGGUCUGUCCCGCUCUGGCAGCAGGCUGUACGAUGGUUCUGAAACCUGCGGAGUUAACCCCGUUCUCCGCUCUUGCGCUUGCUGAGCUCGGAUUGCGCGCUGGAUUCCCGCCGGGUGUGCUGAACAUUGUGAUGGGCGAUGCACCGGCGGUUGGGAAGGCUCUCAAGGACAGUCCAGCGGUUCGGAAGAUGGCGUUCACAGGGUCAACGGCUGUGGGGAGAACGAUCAUGGAGGGGUGUGCGAAGACGCUCAAAAGAGUUUCCCUGGAACUGGGCGGGAAUGCUCCAUUCAUUGUGUUUGACGAUGCUGAUGUUGAUCUGGCUGUUCAAGGACUGAUAGCUGCAAAAUUCUGGAAUAAUGGACAAGUGUGCAUCUCUCCAAACCGGGUCCUCGUCCACGAUGGAGUUUAUGACACGUUUUCCAAGAAACUCGCGGAGGCAGUUGGCGCUCUCAAAGUGGGAAAUGGGUUUGACAAGGAAGUGACAACGGGGCCUGUUAUCACUGUGCAGGGCAUGCAAAAGGUUUUUGCCCGCAAUGGCUGUUAAACAAACACUUUACCUCUGGCAGGACUGCCUGUCAGCUACUACCGU